CCCUAACUCUUUUAUCUUUCUUCUCCUCUUACCCACGGCAGCCUCUCACCGAUGAAACCAAAGCCUCACAGCCUCAGCAACCAUACAUGGGUGGCCAUUCUAGUCCGACCAUGGCCCUAAGAUUUUGGGAAAACACAAAAACAACCUCUCCACUUCAACUCAACCCUCUCAUGCAAGAGCCAAGCCUAAGACCGACCGUCGUACACAGUGGUCCUUCUCUUCUCAGUCCACCUACGACACUACCCUCUCCUUGAUGAUUUAUACACCGACGUAUACCCCAACAACAAGAUAUUCUGGGGUUUUGUUGAUAUCUUUGACAGAUCUAAACGGUGCGAUUGUGGAGGUGGCAGGAGGCUUGGGAAAUUACGACGGCGGUUGUAGAUUGUUGCUAUACUCAAGAAAUGAUGCUCGUCACCAACUGUUAGAUUCUAUCGUCAAGGAUAGAGCUACUGGUGGCAAGGUAGAAGGCCAUCAUUUGGUUGAUAUUGUUGCAAUGGUUUCGGUAUUUCCAAAUGGCGUAUCGUUGGUUGGGACGCGGCUACUAGGCCAGAGAUAAGCUUUAUAUUACUAGUUGGUUGGGUGGGUGAAUCGAGAUGCUAAGCUGGGUGAGUGGAUUGUCAAGAGUUGAACAGAGCUACUUGAUGAGGUUGGCCGAGGGAUGAAUUAGUCGGUUUGAUUGCUUUAUUUUGUCGAAUGGCUUGGUUGGGCGUAUGAGGGACAUAGGGUUGUAAUCUUGAACCUUGAAAUUACCCCUAAAAUUUAAGGAUUUUACUCUGAAAUUUUUAAACUUUUAGGACCCCAACCCCCAAAAUAUAUCUUAUACGAAAAUAGCAACUUUUCUAAUAAAAUAAUAAUAUUUAUUAAUUCCAAACCAAUCAAUUAAAUUCUCAUCUAGAGAGGUAAU